AGGCACACAGCGGCCCAGGCUGAGCACGCCAUCGACUACCCUAAAACCCUCGUCAUCUUUCACACCACAUAUAAAGCUUCCUCAUCCCGCCGCUCGCAUCUUUAGCCUGAAGACCUCCAUCGCACGAGCUAGGGUUUCUCUCUCUGCGCACAGCCAUGGGGAAGGGAACAGGGAGUUUCGGUAAGAGGAGGAACAAGACCCACACCCUCUGCGUCAGGUGUGGCCGUCGCAGCUUCCAUCUUCAGAAGAGUAGGUGCUCUGCUUGUGCCUUUCCUGCUGCCCGCAAGAGGAAGUACAACUGGAGUGAAAAGGCGAUCCGAAGGAAGACCACUGGAACUGGAAGGAUGAGGUAUCUUCGCAAUGUGCCACGCAGAUUCAAGAGCGGCUUCAGAGAAGGUACCGAAGCUGCACCAAGGAAGAAGGGAGCAGCUGCAACUGCUUAAGCCUUCCCAGUGCUCGUUUUGAUUGCGAUUUGGGAUACUCAACUACAGCUUUAGAAAGCGAUUACGACUCUGGAUAAGUUCUAUAUGAAUGCUGUUAUUGUUUUUGAUGGAUGUUGUAACUUUUAUUGCUUUAGUUUUGAUCUUUCUUUCCGCGUUGGACAAGAAUGGAUGAGACUAAUGUCACUUGCCUUUCAGAGUUGUCUAAUGUUUUGAUG